UGUCGCGCUAAAAACACUUUGCAUUCAACUUGUGACAUGAAAAUGAAAACAAACAAUUGAUAAAAAAUGUUGAUAACGUACAGUCGUACACCGGCUAACUUCACUUCAAAGUUCAGUUUUAUUCAUGCAACAAGUACUUUUUAAACGAAUAAUGUGUGGUGUAUUGUAAUUACUCGUAGAAAGAAAUUUCCUCACAAAGAAAAGACGUUUGUGAUGAAAACGAACCCAGUUUAAAUAAUUUUACUGACGCUUGUGUCAAUAAUAUGGAUUUAUCUGAUAGUUUUUCCGAAGAAAAAACCGAGCAGGGCGUGCUUGGAACUUCCGGCGAUCAAGACGUUACUUCAAACCAGUUCAAAAAUAACAUCACCUGUAAGAUAGAAAAUGAUGCUUAUCAGUCUGAUCAAGAAAAUGACGAGCCUUACGAAAUUCAAGAUGAAACCGAUGAACAGUUUACCGGAAAUGAAGACAUGUGCGUCGCAUGUGGUUAUGUCUCAGCGUACGAAUUUUUCAGUUUCCCGAUUAAUGUUGAUAUUCGAAAGCAGUGGGCGAAGUUUUGUGAUAUAAAUUUAGAUAAAAUAAAACCACAUUUUCGCCUUUGUGAUGGACAUUUUAAACCCGAAGACUACCAAAUCUCGAUGCAACGUAGAGUAUUGAUGCCGACAAGUGUUCCAACGUUACGACUAAAAGUGAAACACAACUUCACGCCUUCGAUUAGUCAGAGCCUUCAAUCUGGUCCAGAUGUGAAUAGUUUUUCAAAGCCAAUGUUGAAUAAAAACACAUCGCAAAAUGCAAUCAGUAGCUCGGACUUUGAAAAAAACUCUGCUGAUUCUCCAAAUAAACGAUUAGGCAGGAAUUUUAGAGACAUUACCAAUAAUCAUGGCACCGUGCCUCCUAAGGCAGCGAAAUUGACAUCGAAGAAAAACUUUGGAAAGUAUCAACUGUUAACGAAACAUUUUCGAUCCGAUAUCUUCAGAUUAAAAAUACGAUGUUCUCGUCUGGAAGAUACUGUUGCCAACUUUAAAAAUGAAAUCAAGCAACAGGUUGAAGAAUGUUUCGUUACACGAGCAAAUACUGCCGGAAAUGUUGCGAGAGAUAUUCAAAACUCGGCUUCAUCGAUUAACGCUUCCUCAGGAAAUUCGAGGCACAAUCUUUGCAAUACGGAGGCACGAACUGAUCGACGUUCUGUUAAAGAUGCGCUCGUAGGAUCUACCGAACACGUUACCGAAGAUGGUUACUCUACGGAUACGAGUAUGGCUUCCCUAGCUAUAUCGAUCGACGAUCCUCAGAAAGUGGAAGUAAAACCAGAACUAUUUACCGAAGAAGUUAUGCUCGAAUUCGAUGAACCUGCCGAAAGGAUUGCCGAAGAAAAUCAUUCUGUAAAUCCGACAAUUUCUCUUCGAAGAAUAUGUACUGGCCGUCUACAGAAUGCGGUGGCAAAACUUGAACAAUUUUCAAACGAAGUAGCGACCGCAGAAACUUCCAGAACUGUAACUGAAAAUAAUCGCUGCCCUUUGACUACGUCUUCUGCAGAAAAUUCGAAUAGCAGACGUUGCGGUACAGAAGAUCCACCUGCGCAACAUUUCGAAGAAGUAAUUCCUGCGGAACCGGAAAAUUCUAACGAAGAUAGUCAAUCUCCAAAUUCUACCAUUCCUUCCUCAGAAAAGUCGCACGAGAGUCGUAAUAAAGCAGAGCCGCGAGCAGGAUGCUCAAAAAAUCAAGAAAAAUCCGGUCAAGGUCGGAUUACUCGAUCUGCAAAACAGAAAAAACAUCUCCCAAGCGUGAAAAAGCCAACGCGAAACUCCAGCAAUGUUUCAAACAAGGUAAUGGUACAGAUUCGGAAUUCAUUCCCCUACCGCUGCGAUAUUUGUGGUACAAUGUUUACCGACAAACGUGAUAGGACAAGACACCAGCAUGAACAUACGAAGCCGUUUCACUGCAAAAUCUGUGACGAACAGUUUGCUUCUAAAAGAUCCUUAAUUGACCAUGGAGUGACGCAUAGUGAAAACAAACGCUACAAAUGCAGCAUUUGUGACGCACGAUUCAAGUACAAUCGCAAUAGAUUGGAUCACGAACGCGUGCAUAUGAAAGGAGAUUGUUUCCAGUGUACUGUUUGCGGAAAACAGUUAUCCUAUAAACAGAAUCUCAUUUCACACCUGAGAUUACAUUCCGGUGUGAAACCAUUUUCCUGCCAAACGUGUAGCAAAAGUUUUGCUCAAAAACAGGUUCUCACUCAGCACCAACGGACGCAUAGUGAAGAGAGAUCCUUCAAAUGCCGCAUAUGCAACCGACAAUUCAAGCAUCAACGCAAUAGGUCAGAUCACGAAAGUAACCACGUAGAGGGCCCUCGUUUUGAGUGUGCCCAUUGCGGUAAGAAAUACCGCCAUAAGCGCGACUUAGCCAAUCACAUAAUAUCAUCUAAAUGUACUUAAAUUUCACCGACUAGGUACCUAUCUACUAGUGUUGCUCAAACAACCGGGUCAACCGGUUGCACCAUAAAAUUUGCACCCGGUUGGGGAGCAACCGGGUACCCGGAUUCGCAACCGGUUUGAAAUUUCAUUGAAAAAGUAAAUGAAUGUUGUGAAAUUAGGAAUGUCCGCGAUUUUUUAUCAAAAUUCAAUAUUCGCUAAGAAAAUUAUUUAUUUGACAUUUCGGAUUUUCGGCAGUAAUAAUUUGUAGAUUCGCGUCGUCUUUGAAUUAAAACAUCGACAUUUCGCUAAAUUUAGCUUAAAAAUCGCAAUUUUUCUUGAUUUUUUCAUUUUUCAUCAAUUUUUGAGGUCGGAACCGGUUGCCACCCGGGUACCCGGAUCAUAUUAUCAAAACAACCGGUUGUCCGAGAAACCGGGUGUUUGAACAACACUACUAUCUACGAGUAAUUGUGUACAAAUGCAAUGUUUUGUAUUUUUUUCGUUUUCGUUUUCAAUUUGAAAAAACUUGGCCUCAAACUUUAUUGAUUUCUAAAUUCCGUUUAUUCUUAGAGAUCGGCGUGUAAAUAUGUACUUUCGUUUAUUAAUAGGUACCCAACUUGUGCAACAAAUUAAAUGGGUAAAAAUACACGUCGUACCUAAGUAUCUUA